AUGGCGUCCGGUAACGUCCAGCGUCGACCACACAGAACCUCUUCGGCUGCUUUGCAGUGGACAACACUCUUCUACCUCCUCCUCAUCUUUGUCUGUCCAUUGGCUUUGAUCGGGAGAGUGAAUGCGCAAGAUCAAACACCCUUGAACGACUCAGACAGCAAUUAUGGCACCGUCAUCGGUAUCGAUCUGGGCACGACAUACUCCUGCGUCGGUGUGAUGCAGAACGGCAAGGUCGAGAUCAUUGUGAACGACCAAGGAAAUCGGAUAACACCUUCAUACGUGGCAUUCACCGAUGAAGAGCGGUUGGUGGGAGACGCGGCGAAGAACCAAUAUGCGUCGAACCCGACCAGGACGAUUUUUGAUGUCAAACGUUUGAUCGGCCGUAAAUUCGAGGACAAGGAUGUUCAGCGAGACCUGAAACACUUCCCCUUCAAAGUCGCCAACAAAGAUGGCAAGCCGGUGAUCAAUGUCGAAGUUUCUGGCAAGCCCAAGACCUUUACGCCUGAAGAAAUCUCUGCCAUGAUUCUGGGCAAGAUGAAGGAAGUUGCGGAGGCAUACCUAGGCAAGAAAGUCACCCACGCAGUUGUCACGGUCCCGGCAUACUUCAACGACGCUCAGCGACAGGCCACCAAAGAUGCUGGCACUAUCGCUGGCUUGACUGUUCUGCGUGUUGUCAACGAGCCCACUGCCGCAGCUAUCGCUUACGGCCUUGACAAGAAAGGCAAAGAGAGCCAGAUUAUCGUCUACGAUCUCGGUGGCGGUACUUUUGAUGUUUCCCUUUUGUCAAUUGAAGACGGUGUUUUCGAGGUCUUGGCCACCGCCGGUGAUACCCAUCUUGGUGGCGAAGAUUUCGACCAACGAGUGAUUGAUUACUUUGUCAAGAAAUUCAACAAGGAGAACGACGUUGAUAUUCGCAAGGACCUGAAGACCAUGGGCAAGCUGAAGCGUGAGGUCGAGCGAGCCAAGCGAACCCUCUCUUCCCAAAUGUCUACUCGAAUCGAAAUCGAAGCUUUCCACAACGGAAAGGACCUCUCCGAGACGUUGACGAGGGCCAAGUUCGAGGAGUUGAACAUGGACCUGUUCAAGAAGACGCUCAAGCCGGUAGAACAGGUUUUGAAAGACGCCAAGGUCAAGAAAUCUGAGAUUGAUGACAUCGUCCUUAUCGGUGGUUCAACCCGUAUCCCCAAGGUUCAGUCAAUGAUCGAGGAGUUCUUUGGUGGCAAAAAGGCCAGCAAGGGUAUCAACCCAGACGAAGCCGUCGCAUAUGGCGCCGCCGUUCAGGGUGGUGUUCUUUCUGGCGAAACUGGAACGGAAGACCUCAUACUCAUGGAUGUCAACCCUCUUACUCUCGGCAUUGAGACCACCGGUGGAGUCAUGACCAAACUCAUUCCGCGAAACACCCUGGUACCGACCAAGAAAUCUCAAAUUUUCUCGACGGCCGCGGACAACCAGCCCGUGGUGCUUAUCCAGGUUUUCGAAGGCGAACGAGCAAUGACUAAGGACAACAACCUUUUGGGCAAAUUUGAACUCACCGGUAUUCCUCCUGCCCCUCGUGGUGUUCCUCAGAUUGAAGUGUCGUUCGAGCUCGACGCCAACGGCAUCCUCAAGGUCUCUGCUGGCGACAAAGGCACUGGCAAAUCUGAGUCAAUCACCAUCACGAACGACAAGGGACGUCUCACCCAGGAGGAAAUCGACCGAAUGGUAGCAGAAGCUGAAGAGUUUGCUGAAGCAGAUCGCGCCAUCAAGGACAAGAUCGACGCUCGCAACAAGUUGGAGAACUAUGCCUCGUCAUUGAAGAACCAAGUCCACGACGAGGACGGGCUCGGUGGCAAGAUCGACGACGAAGACAAAGAAACUCUUCUGGACGCAAUCAAGGAGACGCAAGACUGGCUUAGCGACAACGCCGAUUCUGCUGACAAGGAUGACUUUGAGGAGCAAUUUGAGAAGCUCUCUCAAGUGGCAUAUCCCAUUAGCAGCAAGCUAUACGCUGGUGGUGCAGGUGGCAUGCCAGACUAUGGGGAUGAUGACGAGGAGCCUCUGGGACACGAUGAGCUGUGA